GCCCCUGAACAGUAGCGAUGUGCGGGUUGACACCUUUUCUACCCUCACCUGAACCGGCCCGCUGCGUUGCGUCUAUAUAUAGAUCCGAACCUGCCCCACCUAUGACAUCACUGAGGGGACGGGGCAGGCAUGUGCCUAUAAAUAAACACCACCAGCCCCAAAAGCGGGGCUCAGUUAGGUUGCAGGCAGGGAGGCAGAAGGGCUUGACCCACCCGCCGUGACCCACUUUUGAUGUUGCGCUGUCAGCCCGGUCCUGUGGGUUGCAGGCUAGCCCCGGAAAGGAGGAAUAACUCCGCCAAACCCCUAGUUUUUAAAGCACGUUCCUUCUAUAUUUAAUGAGUACAAUUCAUUGACACAAUAUUAGUUUUCACACAAUAUGUCCCCUUCACUUUUCCCUCUUACUUGAGGUUUCUUUGUCAAAACGGUAUACACUUUUAACCAAGGAUUUUGUUUCUGCAAAUGUUUAAAAUAAGUGGCAUCCCACAGCAGCCACCCUGACAUUUGCCACAUCCCCAGACUGCCACUAGGGUCCUGUCAGUAGGAGAGGGGUAGCUGAGGGUAUUGCUUGCACUCAGCAGGGAUUUGUUUCCUCUGCUGCUGGAAAAGUCGCAUCUACUAAACAUAAAAUACGGAGAACAGAGGUGACUGUGGCGCCUACAACUACUGCAGACCACUAGUAUACAUAUAAAAAAAGUCAUUUUGAGUUUUGGUGAACUCUUAAGAGGGAAGCUCAGCUACUAGCAGGCAUUCCUUGUAUCCACCACGAAAAAAGUCGCUUAUUGUAUUUUCUUUCUAGCCCUUCAGUUGUAGAAGGUGUGAGCACGGAAUAAACCCAAUGGCGAGGAGACGCCACACGUUACUAAUCGCUUUCCCCAGACUGGAGCGAUUGCGCGUCCCUCCCCGGGCGUCUCCGGGCUGGGUCACAUGACCAUCCUGUGACGCCACACUCUCAACUCGCGUUAUUGUGAGGGAACUCCGGGAGAGUUGGCCUUCAGGUUCCGAGGAGCCGGGCAAGGGAACGGCGGUGCGGGACAUUUGAACAGGGCUCCCGUCUUGUGCGCUCCGUAAUGGCAAAGCCAGAGUAAUGGGCGGUAUGGGUGGCUGUAGCCUGUGUGUCUGGGCUGUGGGACCCUCAGUGACGGCUAAUGAUGUCUGCCAGCCGGAGCAUCUGGGCGCAUCGCUCUAUUACUUUACUAACUAAUCCGGAUUAUUGACUUCAACUCUCUACUGCUACUGCUGCGCUGGGGAGCAACUGGCUAACUUCUUCCAAGUGCUUUUGUGGGGGUUAGACAUAGCUUCAGUGGAUUACAAGUCACAAAUAGUACUAACCUCCACACAAAUCACAGCGCAUCCACUAUGUCUGCCAGCAUUGAACCCAGGUUUAAAGAAGCCUUGAGGAAAAAACCCAAGGAAAGGACUCAGGAGGAUCUGAAAACUGUUUAUUCAUAUAUGCAUAGAAUGGAUAUACUCUCACAUCUCAGAGAACAUCAAUUAAGAUUGAUGUCUGCAACAGCACGAUAUGAAAGAUACAGUGCAAAUCAGGUUCUAUUCUGCUCAGAAAGUUUGGCUAGAUGUUGGUACAUUCUUCUUUCUGGUUCAGUUCUGGUAAAAAACUCCAUGUUUUUGCCUCCAUGCAGUUUUGGCAAGCAGUCAGGUGGCAAAAGGGGUUGUGAUUGCAUUGUACUGGAACCUUCUGAAAUGAUUGUGGUGGAAAAUACAGGAGAAAACAAUGAUGGCAUUCUGCAUAGGGAAACUUCUAUUAGACAAUCCCGGCGUCGGUAUCGAAAAAUCAACCAGCAUGGAGAACGCCAAACAAUUACAGAUAAUGGGGAUGCUGCUAGUUAUGUCUUGCUCCCCACAGACCUCUCCAAGAUACACCUCACCGACAGUCCCCACCCACAUGUUACACAUGUGCCAUCCAGCCAAUCAGGAUGCAGCAUUGCAAGCGACUCUGGAAGCAGCAGCUUAUCAGAUAUCUACCAGGCAACAGAAAGUGAGAUGGGGGAUGUUGACUUGACAGGCCUGCCAGAGGCAGCUGUUGAUUCUGAAGAUGAAGAGGAAGAUGAAGAUAUUGAGAGAGCUUCAGACACAAUGCUGACCCGUGACAUUGUGAGGGAAUGUCUUGAGAAAGAACCCACAGACAGAACAGAUGAUGACAUAGAACAGCUACUGGAAUUCAUGCAUCAGCUUCCAGCCUUUGUCAAUAUGACCAUGUCUGUGAGACGAAAGCUUUGCUCGGUCAUGAUUUUUGAAGUUGUGGAACAGGCUGGCGCAAUCAUCAUUGAAGAUGGGCAAGAACUGGACUCUUGGUAUGUCAUUCUUAAUGGGAUUGUAGAAAUCAGCCAUUCAGAUGGCAGGAUGGAAAACCUUUGCAUGGGAAAUAGCUUUGGCAUAAACCCAUCUUUAGAAACACAGUACAUGGAUGGAGUAGUAAAAACCAAAGCUGAUGAUUGCCAGUUUGUGUGCAUAGCACAACAGGACUACUUUCGGAUAUUAAACCAUGUGGAAAAAAAUACCCACAAAGUCAAGGAAAAGGGGGAGAUUGUUAUGGUUAAUGAACACCGAGAACUGGAUCGAAGUGGCACUCGAAAGGGACAUAUAGUAAUUCAGGGGACUCCAGAAAGACUCAUCUUGCACCUAAUAGAAGAGCACUCUGUUGUUGACCCAACAUACAUAGAGGAUUUUCUAUUAACAUACAGGACAUUCCUUUCAAGUCCAUUAGAGGUUGGGGACAAGCUUUUGGAGUGGUUUAAAGAUGACAGUCGUCGUGACAAGGUAACACGAGUUGUCCUUCUUUGGGUUAACAACCACUUUAAUGAUUUUGAAGGAGACCCUGCCAUGACAAGGUUUUUGGAAGAAUUUGAACGGAAUCUUGAAAAUGCGAAAAUGAAGGGUCAUCUGCGACUGCUAAACAUAGCCUGUGCUGCAAAGGCUAAACUGAGACAGGUUACAUUGCUUAAGCCUUCCCGUGAAUCGCCUUUUUAUUUCAACGUCGUUGGGGGAAGCGACAAAGGUUUCGGCAUGUUUAUUGAAAGUGUUGAGCCUGGAAGCAAAGCAACAGAAGCUGGAUUAAAACGCGGAGAUCAGAUUAUGGAAGUCAAUGGCCAAAAUUUUGAGACUAUCGUUUACGCCAAAGCCCUGGAGAUCUUGAAAAACAAUACACAUCUUUCCAUCACUGUCAAGACCAACAUUUUUGUGUUUAAAGAGCUUCUUAAUCGAAUCGGGCAGGAGAAAAAAAAUGGAGUCCCACACAUCCCCAAAAUUGCAGAGAAGAAGAACAAUAGAUAUUCCAUCCCUGAUCUCCCCAAUGAUGUAGAACAGAUGUUUCCACGGGAUCGCGCAAGCAAGAAAAUGAAAGCCAAUACGGUGUCUGGAGGGCGGAAUCGCAUCCGGAAGAUUUUGGACAAAACACGUUUUAGUAUAUUACCACCUAAGCCAUUCAGUGAUGGCCAUGUUAUCCAGUCCCAGGAUGACAGUAUUGUUGGCACCAGGCAGUGCAGGCACAGUGUGGCUAUAAUGCCCAUUCCGGGCACGCUCUCUUCAAGCAGUCCAGACUUGCUUCAAGCUACAACAAACAUAUUGGAUUUCUCCAAUCCUACUGCUUUUGGAUUUUACUAUAUUCCAGACCAAGUUAUACGAAUAUUUAAAGCAGAUCAGCAGUGCUGCUAUAUUAUCAUCGGCAAAGACACUACUGCAAAGGAGGUGGUGAUACAAGCACUUCAUGAAUUCAGCCUUACUGGGUCAACAGACACAUACUCUCUCUGUGAGGUCUCGGUCAGUCCAGAAGGUGUCAUUAAACAAAGACGGCUUCCGGAUCAGCUUUCUAAACUGGCAGACAGAAUCCAGCUGAAUGGAAGGUAUUAUUUGAAGAACAACAUGGAGACCGAAACGUUGUGUUCAGAUGAAGAUGCUCAGGAGCUUCUGCGUGAAAGCCUCAUCUCUCUCCUUCAGCUUAGCACUAUCGAGGUGGCAACACAGCUUUCUAUGCGGGACUUUGAACUCUUCCGCAAUAUUGAGCCCACAGAAUACAUAGAUGACCUUUUCAAGAUAGAUUCCAAGACAAGUGCUGCUCAUCUGAAACAGUUUGAGGAAGUGAUCAACCAAGAGACAUUUUGGGUGGCCACGGAAAUUCUAAGAGAACCAAACCAUUUGAAGAGAAUGAAAAUUGUGAAGCAUUUCAUAAAGACUGCCCUCCAUUGCAGAGAAUGCAGAAAUUUUAACUCCAUGUUUGCUAUAAUAAGUGGGCUCAAUCUUGCACCUGUGGCUCGGCUUCGAGGAACUUGGGAAAAGUUGCCCAGCAAAUACGAGAAGCUGCUUCGAGACCUGCAAGAUCUCUUCGACCCCUCAAGAAAUAUGGCGAAAUACCGUAAUAUUCUAAGCAGUCAGAGCAUGCAGCCCCCCAUCAUUCCUCUCUUCCCAGUCGUCAAGAAGGAUAUAACAUUUCUUCAUGAAGGAAAUGAUUCAAAAGUUGAUGGGUUAGUAAAUUUUGAGAAGCUGCGAAUGAUUGCAAAGGAGAUUCGACAUGUUAUUCGCAUGACUUCUGCUAAUAUGGAUCCAGCAGUUAUGUUUAGGCAAAGGAAGAAGAGAUGGAGAAGUUUAGGGUCCCUAAGCCAAGGCAGCACAAACUCUAACAUGCUGGAUGUUCAAGGAGGUGGUCACAAGAAACGGGCUCGGCGAAGUUCAUUCCUUAAUGCUAAGAAGCUGUAUGAAGAUGCACAGAUGUCAAGGAAGGUAAAACAGUACAUCUCCAACCUGAGUGUGGAAAUCGAUGAGGAGAAGAUCCAGCUAAUGUCACUGCAAUGUGAACCAGCCUACAGCACUUUGGCAAAGAAUUUAAGUGAGAGAAGAUCUGCAAAAUCUGACUUGUCUCCUGCACCUUUGAGGCCAUCAGGCCAAACUACCAAAGCUCACAUCCAUCAGCAAAACAGAAUGAGCCAAGUAUUGCAAGUCCCUACAGUUAACUUAUAUCCAAUGCGAAAGAAAGCACCAACCAAGGAACAUCUUCCAUGCACUUCAGGAUCUUCACAGAAAAUAUCUGGUUUGACAGAUGAGGUUACAGUUAAAGCACAGUUAGAAGACUCUGUUUCUCUUGUGUCAUCAUUGCAUUCCAGCCCAGCCGCAUCCCCUCAAGGAUCUCCACAUAAAGUUGUUAACAUUUCAAGAUCAGAGAAUUCCAGUCAUAUGAACCUCUCUGGAUCCUCCUCAUCAUUAACCAGUGAUCCCAACCAGAAGAUCUGCAGUCGGCGUGGCUAUGGAAUAGGCUAUGCCCAUAACCCCUCGGCCAAAUCUGAUAACUUCUCAGACUCAAGCAACAGUGAGAUCUCGUCCCGAUCAAGCCUCGUCAGCAACUGCUCAGUAGACUCCAUGUCGUUGACCCUGCAGGAUGAAAAGUGUGUGCCUCAUUCACAUGCUGAGUCAAUGGGACUAUCAGAAAGAAAAGACGUCCAUCCGUCCUCUGAGUAUAACCAGCCCUGCAGUAGCUGGCUCCAUGCAAGGCACCCUGCAGUCCGGAAUUUCAUAGCUUGCGCAAGCAGUGAGGACAUAGCUCAUGACCACAUAUCGGUAGAGCCGGUAGACAGUGGUCGGGGCAGUUGGACAUCUUGUUCUAGCAGUUCACAUGACAAUUUCCAGACUUUGCAGAAGGGACUGGACCGCUUAAGCACUUACCGCCAAUCACACAUUGAUUCCCCAAUUGCUGAGACAGAGUCCGCAAACUGCAGCACAGAUGAAACAUGUAGUGAAGACUGUACCAAAGGAAAAAGGCACUCAAACAACAGUUUAGAACUAAAUGAAUCUCGGCAAAGUUGGGCUUCAUCUAGCUCAAUGUCAGAUACUUACGAGACGAACUAUGGCACAAUCAAGCGGAGAGUAUUGGACACAGAGGAAAAAACAGAGGCUUUGGGCCAACAAUUAGAUGUCUUUUAUAAAACAGUUACUUCCACUACUGAAAAAGGACUGAUAGUGUACUGUGUCACCUCAUCCCAGAAGGACAGUAGGUAUAGGGAGCCACCUCCCACUCCUCCAGGCUACCAGGGGAUAUCAUUAGCCGACAUAAAGGAAGGACAACCCCACCAAGCGCACUUAAAACCUCCAGAUUAUAGUGUGGCGAUACAGAGGUCAAAGAUGAUACAUAAAGACCUCUCUAGGCUUUCAUCAGCCUGUGUUGAACCAGUCUCAUGUGUCUCACAGAAGAUGAUAACCCAUUGGCAUAACCGGCAUCAGCCUUAUCCUAAUGUACAGGCUGACAGAGAUAGUAAAGAAGAUGAAGAUGAACAAAUGUCAGCAGUUUAAAUGCUUGUUGUUUACAUGGCAAUAAAGAAGACUUGAAAAUGUUAGUAAUGAGGCUGAAUCAAUAAGAGCGGAAGCUGAUCCCUUGCUGCUAGUAACCUCCAUCCACAUUUGUAAUUAUUAUUAAAUUGGGUGUCUCUGCAUUUAAGGGCAUUUUAGCUCCACUGUACCUGGGCAACAAGAUCUGUAUUGAAAGUCAUUAUCUGAAAUAACCCUGUCUCUCCUGUGAUCCAUAAUAAUCAUACUGCAGAUCCACAAAUCUUUCAAAACCUUGGUGUUCAGUACAUUACAGGUAUAGGAUCUGUUAUCCAGAAUGCUGGGAACCUGGGGUUUUCCACAUAAGGGGUAUUUCUGUAAUUUGGAUCACCAUACUUUGUCAUUUAAAUAUUAAAUAAAUCCAAUGGGAUUGUUUUGCCACCAAUAUGGAUUCAUGCAUCUUAGAUACCCUCAUGUACAAGGUACUUUUAUAUUUUUACAGAGAAAAAGAAAAUAAUGUAUAAAUAUUUGAAUUAUGUGCUUAAAAUGGACUCUAUGGGAGAUGGCCUUCCUGUAAUAUAGAGCUUCCUGGAUAAUAGAUCCCAUACCUGUACUUACCCUUAAAUCAAGUGCUAUUCACUUUUGCCUUGUUUUUUUUUGUUUUUUUUACGACCAUGUUGAUAUUAAUAAAACUCAGGUAAUGCUGAGAAAAAAAACACAUUUUGCAAAUAUAUGUGUGUAUGUAAAUAUAAAGAAUGGUUACAGUUAUUUAUUUCCUUCUGAUUUGGAAGACUUUAUUUUUAAGAUUUCAGAUUUGUUUUUAUAUUGGUUUGGGAAUUUUUAAAGCAAACGUUAAAUGUACUAAAUCCAAACAGCCAUUGCUAAAAGCUGACAUUCUUAAAUGAUCACUGGGAAUUAGGAGCCCAGUAUAAAUAACAUGUAUAUACUGUAAGUUAGUCAUGUGCUCCCACAGUCCGGCUUAAUAAGCUGAUUUAUACAAGUGGAGAAAGUACUUUUAGUUCUUUUCAUUUUUAAAUAAUCACUUAGAAAUCGAUAAAGGGAAACCACUGUGAAAGUAACAUUUCAAUAGAAGCUUCAUCUUAUGGAAACGGGAAACUUUCAUCAAUUGGAAUUCUAAUCUGUGUCUGAUAUAAUCAUUUUACUCUUACUUGGUUAUUUUAACAAAUAGUUAAGGUGGCCAUACACGGGGAUGGUAAAAGCUGCUGAUUUGGUCCUUCGGGCAGGUUUAAAAUUCCCAUCGGGGCAAGGAACACAUUGGCUCAUUGAUGUGGUCUUUACCCCGAUGGCCUGCAUUUACUGUUGUCAUUUGGUCCCUUGGUGACAUUGUGACAAUAAACCAAUGUUGCUAACUAAUUAUGAAUGACAGGAAAGGUGGCCAUACAUGGGCCGAUAAAUGCUGUUGAUUUGGUCCUUCAGUACAAAGUCAGCAGCUGAUUGGCCCUUGUAUGGGGCCCUCUUACUGACCUGCCCAACCAAUAUCAGGCUGAAAAUUGCCCAGAUAUUCAUCAGGCCGGUUUAAAAAUCCUAUUGUAGCAUGGAUUAUAUUGCCAUUGUUGAUUCAGUUCUCAACCCGAUGGCCGGCAUUUACCGUUGUCUGAAUGAUCGGAUCUGCUCAGAUACCGCUUUCCUCACCUCAAGGCGAGCAUAUUGAGAAAAGAUCAGCUCAUUUGGCAGAACUUCAAGUGUAUGGCCAGCUUAAUAUCAGUACAUUGUCUGGGCAAAGGGAGCAAAGCACAAACCAAUUUAUUUGAACUGCCAAUCUGACUCCAACUCCUGCUUGAAAAUAGACAGAGUGCUGAGAGGGAAAUACUGAAGAGUAACUUUAUUUUGUUAAGAAACAAUACCAUUUAAUUCAGUAUAUUUAGAAAUCUUUAUUACCAUGAGGCUGAAGCUUGUAUUCAAUUGUUAUUUUCAGAUAGUACCCUUUUUAAAUACAUUGUACAUUUGAAAAAGCCUUAAACUGAAAGUUAAAUAAAUAAAAGUGCUCAUGUCUU